AUUUCCAAGUAAACGGACGGAUCUCACACACCGAUCAUUGAGUCAUCUUGUCGAAUAGAAACAGAGCUUCUCUUCUUCCUUCUCCCCCUCUCAUGCAUUCUCUGAUACUCCAUGGAAUAAGGUUGGGCGAGUUGCAAAAAUGGCGUCAUUUGAGAUUGGCAGUGAACCCUUUUCAAAAUGAACCUCCUUUCUCUUCCACUAGUGCGAGCCCUGAAGCCUGUCGCAAAGGUAAUAACUUUACAGUCUCUUACCUCGUUGAUUCAUUGGGUUUAACUACCAAACUUGCAGAAUCAAUCGGCUCAGAAGCGAAAGGCAGAAACCCAGAUUAUGUUCUGAGUCUCUUUAAGAGUCAUGGCUUCACAGAUUCUCAGAUCUCCACCAUCGUUACAGAGUACCCACAAGUGCUAACUCUAGACGCUGAGAAAUCAAUUGCUCCCAAGCUCAAGUUGCUGCUUUCCAGAGGAGCUUCAACCUCCGAGCUCACUGAGAUUGUCUCAAAAGUUCCUAGAAUGUUGGGAAAGAAAUCUAUCAGCAUAUACUAUGAUUCUGUCAAAUGCAUCUUAGAAGCGGAUAAGAGCUCCAUUAAUGACUCUUUCCCACAUGGUACUAGUCUUGAGAACAAACUCAGAAACGUAUCUGUUCUCAGAGGGUUAGGUAUGCCUCAGAAGCUCUUAAUCCCUUUGCUCAUCUCCAAAUCGCAGCCCAUUUGCGGAAAAGAGAAUUUCGAUGCUUCUCUCAAGAAAGUUGUUGAGAUGGGUUUUGAUCCGACCACCUCAAAGUUUGUGGACGCUCUGCGUAUGCUCUAUCAAAUGAGCGACAAGACGAUUGAAGAUAAGGUUGAAGUCUAUAAAAGCUUAGGCUUCACUGAGGAAGAUAUAUGGGAGAUCUUCAGGAGCACUCCUACUUUCUUGAAAAUCUCCAAGAACAAGAUGUUGAACUCCUUGGAGACGUUUCUAGGGUUAGGGUUCAGCAGGGAUGAGUUUGCGAUGAUAAUCAAACGCUAUCCUCCCUGCAUCGAGUAUUCUACGGAGUCGAUUAUAAAGAAGACUGAGUUUUUACUGAAGAAGAUGAAUUGGACGGUGAAGGCCGUUGCUUUGCACCCUCAGGUAGCUGGCUACAGCUUGGAGAAGAGGAUUGUACCAAGGUGUAACGUUAUCAAAGCUCUCAUGUCUAAAGGGUUGAUUGGGAAUGAGCUUCCUCCGGUCUCCUCUGUUUUGUCGUGUACGGAUGAGAAGUUUUUGAGCAAGUAUGUGAUGAAGCAUGACGAGCUGGUGCCUGAGUUGAUGGCUAUCUAUACCGGAGAAGUAGACCAGUGAGCAACAGUGAGCAACGUCAAGGUUUGUUCUAGUUUUAGAUAUUCCUGACUAGUGACUCCUAGUACCAAUGAUAAAAAGGGGAACAAUAAGAUGAGGUCUUAAUUUUAUGUAUCCCAUUUUGUGCUUUUGUAAUCUCAAUUUGACUUGGAUUCAA